AUGGCUGCGCCGCUGCCUCACGGCGUGGUGUUGCACGCCAUCUUUGACAGCUGCCACAGCGGCACCAUCAUGGACCUGCCCUACGAGACCAAGUAUGACGCCAGCGGGGCCAUGUCCUGGCAGGCGUCGCGCAAUUACGGCACAGCCGGGGGCACUGUCUUCCAGCUGGGCGCAUGCAGCGACGACCAGACGGCGGCCGACACUGCGGCCCUGUCGCGCGAGGCCUACACAGGCGCCGCCACUUACAGCUUCAUCGACAGCAUCGAGAAGUACGGUGUGAACCAGUCAUACGCCAACCUGCUGCUGCACAUGACAGAGUCGCUGCGCGCCCUGGGCAAGACGAGCCAGACAAAGCCCAGCGGGGGGUCGGCUGCGCUGUCCAUGAUGGCACCCAUGCUCGGCGGGCUUGCAGGGGGCGCGAUGGGCAUGAUGGCCGGCGCGCUGCUGGGCAACAUGGUGGACAGGGGGCGCCUGAGUCACCAGCUGCCCACACUGGCCUGCGACAAGCCUGUGGACAUCCACCAGAUCCAGCUGAUGAUCUGA